UAUGAUCUCGAUUCCCAGUCUUAUCAAGGACUUUAUGCCACCGUCACGUGUAGUUUUCUUCUUUGACAGGUCAUGUUUGCAACCAGGAACAAGCAAAAAAAGAGUGGAGUCCAUAUGUGAAGAGCCUGUACUUUGUCCCCUUCCAGAGAGCUCUUAUGUAUGAUCUUAUUGCCGUCCUUUCAACUAACGUCCCUUAAGCAAUCACUAGCAACAGCAAUAUUCACGUCCCAUGGAACUAGAUAGGCCUUCAUUGUGGCUCUUGUUCUUCCUUCUCUUCUGCAUGAGUGACCCAAUUUCAGCAAAUGCGGAGGAUAAAAAGUUGCCUUCAUCGCCCGCAAAUCUCGAGGAACUCGAGUUUCUUAAAGGUCUCCUGGAUUACAAGGCAGGGGUGGGCUUCGGAUGUGAGCGACUGCGGAAAGAGCAGAAACACAUGAAAGGUGGGUAUGUGGGCAGGAUUUUGAAAGGGGGGGCGGGACAUGGGAAACAAGCGGCUUCUGGAAGAGGUUAUAGACGUCCACCGACUAAAAGUACCAGUAGCGCAACCUCCUUCCGGCUUUCCGGCACCUUCUUCCCACCACCGUUGCUGAAAGAUUUAUUCUCUCUUUGUCUCGUCGUUUUUCUCUUUCCACUGUAGUAAUGACUAAAGAGAGAGGGAGAGGGAGAGGGAGCCGGGUUGAUGGGUAUACCCACCAAGAGAGAAACUAGCUAGACAUGCAGUGCAAUUAAUCAGACCAGUUAUUUUUACCCCGAAAAGAAAAAUCUGAUCCCAAAAAAAUGCAUUACUCCCAUGAAGAUAGUUCCUACAUGAAGCCGUUGGUACAGUUUUUUUUCCUAUCAUAGAGUCCUGUAUAAUAAAGUUAGAUAAUUGA